AUGCACCAACACGAUAUACUUGUUUUUGUGGCAGAUAAGAGUGCUGACUGGCAAACAUUUAGUUACUAUGUAAACCAAAAUAACAAGAAGUGCGAAAAAGAUGCUAGCUCAUCUAGCUCAUUUAUUAGCAAAGGUUCAUCAAAUGAUGGCCUCACUGCUUUCAGUAGCCUUUCUUUGUCUCUAGGACCAGGGUCUUUUUACUACGUUGUUGGUAACUUUGACAAUAACAACAAAUGUGAUAUGACUUUAACAGCUACAGUUGUUGCUGAUGAUAAACCAACCACAGACACACCAAAUCCUAUCUCUAAUACCACUAAUUCCACACCGGUGGCUCCGGUAGCUCCAGCAGUUCAGGUGGCUCCAGCAGCAGCUCCGGUGGCUCCAGUGGCUCCAGCAGCUCCAGCAGCUCCGGUAGCUCCGAUAUUGGCACUACCAACUCUUAGUAGCUGGUUCUGA